CAUGUGUAUCCCAAUGAGAGUAGGGUUUCGGUAGAACAAAGAAGACCGGGGUUUAAUGAGAGCGGAGAGAAUCGGGGUACACAGAGGAGCACUCGUCUGAAAUUCAGGCUAAGAAUCAGCUCUCCAUUAAUUUAGAUUUCAGCUCUUUCUAAUCUUGGAAGCUUCGCAAGCUAGUUUGCUGCUUAUUUAUCACAGGCCGUCUCUGUCGCUGUUGCUAUCUCUCUCUCUUUCGCAGCUAUGGUAGAGAAGAAGAGGAAAACAAGAGAUGAACCUAAAACUAUGAGAACAAAGAAGAAAUCGAAUGUGAAGAGUGGCCGCGAUAGGACCAAAAAGAAAACUGGUCCCCGGCUACCUAAUUCGUUGCGGAAGGAGCUUGAUCGUGCCGAAUUUAACCCAAACAGUCCACUGAACAGCGAAGAUGAAGAAAUCGAUUCGGAUGAAGGUAACUAUGUGUAUGAGUACGAGGAGAAACUGCCGGAGGAGGAGACUCUGAAGAACCAUAGAUUUGACCCUGUAGAGAACUAUGAGUACGAGUUGCCUGCGAAAUUCAAGGAUGAAAACGUGUUAUCAGAUGACGAUAAUGAUGAAUUCUUUGGUGGUCACGAGGAAGGAGACAACAAGUCUAGAGGUGCUGAAGAGGAAGAUGACGAAAAGCAUAUGAGAAUGUUGGAAGGAAUCACUGGAAUGCCAAGUGAGGUUUUUGGAGGUAAGAAGAUGAAGAGAAACAAUGUUGUUAUGUCAGAGCCUUAUCCUGAGUCUGAAUACAAUCCUACUCGUGACAUUCUGGAUGGUCAUAACAGCAUUACAAUUCAAGAUCUUCUUGAGCCUCUUCAAGGAAAAACUGGGUUUAGCAAACUUAGAAAGAGAAUGGAGCAAUUUGAGAAGAAUUCUAUGCCUAUCCAUGCUCCUCUUCCAAAGCCAGAUCGAGAGAAGCUUGAGAGGAAGGCAGUGAAAGAACAAAUGACAAAGGAACUUAAUAAAUGGGGGCCCUCAGUCAAGAGGAAUAGAGAGGCACCGACUAUUUUUUUUGAUGAAGAUGUUGACCUGGGGUUUUCAACUGUGGGGGCAAUAGCUUCAGAAUUUGAAGCUAGAACUGAAUUUGAGAAGAAAAUGGCUUCUUUAGUUUAUGAUCAGAAAGUUAUGGAAGCUCACAAAGAAGAUGGUGCCAGACUCCUUGAGUUAAAUGAGGUAUCUGUUGAAGAUCAUGUAAAAUACCGAGAUCAUAUAGCUAAAAUGCGCAGCCUUCUUUUCCGCCAUGAACUGAAAAGUAAACGCAUAAAGAAGAUCAAGUCUAAAACAUAUCAUCGCUUGAGGAACAAAGAUAGAAGGAAAGCAGAGUCGGUAGAAAUGCUGAUGGAUCCAGAGGCAACUAAAGAACAGUUAAUGAAGCAGGAGUUCAAACGGGCUGAGGAACGUAUGACUCUAAGGCAUAAAAAUAAGUCAAAGUGGGCAAAGCAUGUUUUAAAACUUGGUUUGAAUGCCCGGGAUGAAGGAACUCGAGCAGCAAUAACUGAGCAGCUCCAUUUGCAUGCUACUUUGACCAGAAAGAUGAACACUAUGAAGGAAGGCAGCAGCAGCAGUGAUGAUAGUAGCGAUGAGGAUGAUGUUGAUGGAGAUCCAUCUUCUUUGGACCAGAAUGCUUCAUCUAACUUGUUGGCAAAAGCAAAGGAAAAAACACUUAAAGUAUUAGAAGAGGAUGAUGAAGUGCCCAAUUCUGGGUUGCUUUCUUUACCUUUCAUGGUGCGGGGAUCAAAGAAAAGAAAUGAAGCAGCUCUUGAAGAAGCUAAGCUUGCUCUUCGGGAGUAUGAAGAGUUGGAGGGUAAAGAUAACAUGGCAGAUUCCAAUGUAGGCACUGUUAGUGGGAGAAGGGUAUUUGGUACCACCAGAAAAGAAGUUGCAAAACCAAAUCAUAAAAUGAGAACAGAUAAGUUCUAUGGUACUAGUGAUAGUGAAGAUGACCAGGAAGCUAGAGAAGAUAGUGAUGUCGGGAAUGGCAAAAAUAAUAAUUUUGAGAAGGGUGUAGGUGAUAUUUCUGAUUUACCUAAUGAAGGCACCGACUUCCAUCAAGAUUCUGUACUCGAGAAUUAUGAUGAUAUUGUUGGGAAUCCAGGUGUCAAGACAACUUACGAUGUUGCCAUUUUUGCAUCAGGCACUUGGAAGAAGAUGAAAGAUGGAAGCCAAGUUGGUACUAAUGUCAAGGACCCUCUGAAGGUUGGGGAACCUGCUCUGCCCAAUAGAGACUUAGUGAAGGAAGCAGGAGAGGAAAAUGAUUCAGACAGUGAAGGACAAAUGGUUGAUGGGAUGUUGUCUUCUAGCCAAGAAGCAUCUUAUGAGCUUCCUUCUCAAGCAGAGCUUAUUCACCAUGCUUUUGCAGGAGAUGAUGUGGAAGAAGAAUUUGAGAAGGAUAAGCAAGAGAUUCUGAAUGAGGAAGUUCCUGAACCUGAAAAGCCUGUUCUACUCCCUGGUUGGGGCCAGUGGACCAAUAUACAGCAAAAGAAAGGUUUACCUUCGUGGAUGUUGAAGGAGCAUGAUGAUGCAAGGAGGAAGAGAGAGCAAACUCUCAAAAAUAGGAAGGAUGCACAUCUCAAACAUGUUGUUAUAACUGAGAAGAUGGAUAAGAAGGCUGAGAAACUACACACAAAAACUUUGCCUUACCCAUUUACAUCUAAAGAAGCUUUUGAGCAGAGCAUACGAAUGCCAAUUGGACCAGAGUUCAACCCAGCAACUGCUAUUGGAGCUCUUAAUCAACCUGAAGUGGUGAAGAAACGAGGGUUGAUUAUAAAACCAAUUAAGUUCGAGGAACUGAAUCCACAUGAAAAAGGAGAGGAUCACAUGAGAAAUCGACCGAAACCUAAACAGAAGGUGAACAAAGAUAAAGUUAAUGGAAGCCAAAAUCACACAAAGAAGAAGGCAACUGGCAGGGCUAUCUAA